CGGCUUCCGGCUGCGUGACCUGAGAGCGCGAAGCCGACCGAGUGCCAGGUCUACACUGACGGCCGGGACUGUGUUAGGAAUCUUAAAAGCACUACCAACAUGUCUGACAUCCAAGAAUCCAUUAACCAGCUCCAAGAUGUGAACCUUCAUGAGAAUCGGAGAUGUGUACAAGUGACAGAAAGUGACUUCGGAAGUGAGUCUGAACUUCUAGUCACUAUUGGAGCCACUGUACCUACAGGCUUUGAGCAAACAGCUGCAGAUGAAGUGAGAGAGAAAUUGGGGUCAUCAUGCAAAAUCAGCAGAGACCGCGGCAAGAUAUAUUUUGUCAUUUCAGUGGAAAGUCUGGCUCAGGUUCACUGUCUGAGGUCAGUUGAUAACUUAUUUGUGGUUGUUCAGGAGUUUCAAGAUUACCAGUUCAAAAAAACAAAGGAAGAAGUUCUUAAGGAUUUGGAAGACUUGGCUGGAAAACUCCCAUGGUCAAACCCUUUAAAAGUGUGGAAAAUUAAUACCAGUUUUAAGAAAAAGAAAACAAAGCGCAAAAAGAUAAAGCAGAAUUCAAGUAAAGGGAAGAUUGAUAAUGGACAAGGAGACAAAACAGAUGAGAGAGAGAUUAAGAAAGAGUUUACUAACAGUGCUUUAGAUUCAUAUAUCUUAGAUUAUUAUGAAAAUCCAGCCAUCAAAGAGGAAAUACCAACAUUAGUAGGUGAUGAUUUGGCAUCUUGCAAAGAUGAGACCGAUGAAAGCUCAAAAGAAGAAACUGAGCCUGAAGUUCUAAAGUUUAGAGUCACAUGCAACAGGGCCGGAGAGAAACAUUGCUUUACUUCAAAUGAGGCUGCAAGAGAUUUUGGUGGUGCUGUUCAAGAGUAUUUUAAGUGGAAGGCUGACAUGACCAACUUUGAUGUGGAGGUUCUUUUGAAUAUCCAUGAUAAUGAAAUUAUUGUGGGCAUUGCAUUGACUGAAGAGAGUCUCCACCGAAGAAAUAUCACACAUUUUGGACCUACAACUCUUAGAUCAACUCUUGCCUAUGGGAUGCUCAGGCUCUGUGGUCCUCUACCUUACGAUAUAAUAGUUGAUCCAAUGUGUGGAACAGGAGCAAUACCAAUAGAGGGGGCUACAGAAUGGUCUGACUGUUAUCAUAUUGCUGGUGAUAAUAAUCCACUGGCUGUGAAUAGAGCAGCAAAUAACAUCGCAUCUUUAUUAACCAAGAGCCAAGUUAAAGAAGGCAAAUCAUCCUGGGGCUUGCCCAUAGAUGCUGUUCAGUGGGACAUCUGCAAUCUGCCAUUGAGGACUGGCUCUGUGGAUAUUAUCGUAACAGAUUUGCCCUUUGGUAAAAGGAUGGGCUCCAAGAAGAGAAACUGGAACCUUUAUCCAGCGUGCCUACGUGAGAUGAGCCGUGUCUGUACACCUACAACAGGCCGAGCUGUGCUACUUACUCAGGACACAAAAUGCUUUACCAAGGCUUUAUCUGGAAUGCGACAUGUAUGGCAAAAGGUGGACACAGUCUGGGUGAACAUUGGGGGUCUCCGUGCUGCAGUUUAUGUUCUGGUACGUACAUCUCAAGCUUUUGUUCAUCCCUCAGAACAAGAUGGAGAAAGAGGAACUUCUUGGUAAUGCAAAUAAUCAAGAGGACUAAAAGUAUUUGUACUUCACAACACUGGAAAUGUUCACAUGAAGAAGUUGCUUUGAGAAAAUAACCAAAGUACAGCCUGCACUCUGUAAACCAUUCUAAAGCUCUUCACCCUGCUUAGCCAAAGGUGUGAAUGUAAUAUGAUGGAAUUGAAGAGUUCUUCCUGGAAGCUGUUUUGAAGAGGUAUUAGCUGGACAAUUAGUAUUUUGCUUAAAAUGCUUUAAAGAUGCCUAGAUAAAAGUCUACUAAAAUGCUCUGGGAUUUGAGUUUAAAAGAUUUUAUUUUCAGGUUUAUAGUCUUUACCAUUGUGGCAAGUCCAAAACUACCCUGGCCUAAAGGAAAGUUAAGAGAACAUAGUUACAUCUUAGGCCACAUUUCCUUGCCUAUGCAUCUUUGCUACUCAAGUUCUUCAUCUCAGUGUCAAGAAACGGAAGUAUUAUUACAUUUUGUAAACAAUGUUUUCCCCCAUGACAAAGUGAACUAUCACAGGACCUAUAGGAAAGUUUGCCAUCUACCUUAAAAAUUACAAUAUGCAUCUGUUAUUUGGAUUCAUAUAUACAACUAAAAUAGAGGACUAAGAUUUAUUCAAGGGAUUGUAAAGAUACUUAACUCUUAAUGCAAUGUAGAACAUUUCUGUUUGUGAAUAGCAAGGUACACUGCUAGAUAAGGUAUGGGACCAAAAAGCCAAACUAAGCUUCUGUACAUAAAGGUGUUUUGCUUUUCAAAAACAAACUUGUCAGAGUAUUUUUUUCUUAUUAGUUUCUUAAAAGGUCUAGAGACAAAACUGUUGUAUCUUUGAAUAAAACACUUUUAAAUUUGGAA